AUGUGGUCCCCAACAUCGGCUUCCAACCCUGCAUCGCCAACGAGUCCCCGCACCCCACAGCUGCCCCAACCACUGCAGACCUACCGGCUGAAAAACCAAGGACGGCGCAUUGCGCAGAUUGUGAAGCUGAAGCCGGAGCAUGCGGAUAAGUAUAAGGAGUGCCAUGCGAAGGUGUGGCCCGAGGUCCUGAAGCAGAUUAAGAACUCGAAUAUUGAAGAUUAUUCCAUCUUCCUCGAUCCAGACACAAAUACCCUCUUCGCGUCGUUUAAGUAUGUUGGUUAUGACUGGGCGGGCGAUAUGGAGAGGAUGCGGGAGAAUCCCAAGGUCCAGGAGUGGUGGAAGAUGACGGACAGUUAUCAGGAGUCCCUUGUCGAGGGCGCGACGAGCAGCCUAGAUGGGGAGCCUGCGUGGUGGAAGGGGAUAGAGGAGGUGUUUUACACUCCCUGA